CAUGUUAUAAUAAAGUAUUUUCAGGUUAUUAAUCUGUCAUUACCAAAAAGAUAUAAAGCAUUUUGGUCCCAGACAUUAGGAUGAGGCUUUCAUUUUACACCAUUCAAUCUUAGAUAAUAAAAACCAGAAGUAUAUAGCAGUAACCUUUCACUCCAUUUUGUGACACUAUCUAGAGAGAAAAAUGGCUUUGAGAAUGUGGGCUUCUUCAACAGCCAAUGCAUUGAGAGUUUCCACUGCCUCAAGAGCUAAUCUUUCCCCUGCUUAUUCACUCUCUAGAUGCUUUUCGACUGUUCUUGAUGGGUUGAAGUAUGCAUCUUCACAUGAAUGGGUGAAGCAUGAGGGCUCAGUGGCAACAGUUGGAAUCACUGAUCAUGCUCAGGAUCAUCUUGGAGAAGUAGUGUUUGUGGAUCUACCAGAAACUGGUGCUGCUGUUUCACAAGGAAGCAGUUUUGGUGCUGUUGAAAGUGUGAAAGCUACCAGUGACAUUAACUGUCCAAUCUCGGGCGAGAUCGUUGAGGUCAACACAAAGCUCACUGAAACACCUGGUUUGGUUAACUCGAGCCCAUAUGAAGACGGGUGGAUGAUUAAGGUGAAGCCGAGCAAUCCAUCCGAGCUAGAAUCUUUGAUGGGGUCCAAAGAGUACACAAAAUUCUGUGAAGAAGAGGAUAGUCAUUAAAACUUGAAGGUGUUUUUUUUAUUCAACUUGAACUAACUUUGCCUUGUUAAGGCUGAUACUGUGAUGAAACUUCCAGUCACUUGUUAAAAUUCUACAAAAAUCAAAAUAACAUCCACUUUCCUGGUGUUUUCUUUGCCUUA